AUGGGGAAUAUUACAUGUAAUGGGAAAUUUGGACGAAGAAUGCAAUCAGUGGUGAAGUGGAGGAAGAGAUGGUUCGCCAUAGGAGUGGCCACAGGAGUGAUACUGUCGUUGUUUGUGAUGCCAUUCAUCGAAGACUGUCAUCACGUGAAGCACAGCCACGAAGACACUGACCAUCGGCUCAACGACUGGUAUUCAAUGAUUGCCAGCAAUGACUACAAUCCGGUCAUUCAUCUGAAGCCAAACGGAACCGAUUCGCAGACCAAACAUAUCAAUGAAAAAGUUAUUCGUCCGAAGUUUGUAUCGACAGAACUGGACAUCAAAGAGAAUCUCUUGAUUUGUGUCCAAUUGUCCAUCAAUUCAGACAAUGUCUUCAAUUCAUAUCUCGUAAACCAAACAAUUGAAGCGUUUUCUGAUAAAGUGAUGCUUUUUUACGACCAAUCGGUGAUCACUUCCAGUCCCAAAGACAUGAUGUCUAACAUUAAAUAUAUUGAUUCUGUGAUCCAAUUGAGUACGGAAUCAAUUGAAGUGCCAUUUAUUAGAUCCAAACCAAACGAUAAGACAUUUAUAAAUCAAAAUAAUUUAUACCAAUUCUUAGCCAAUUUCUCUGUCAGUCAACACAUCUUCUCUUCGCCUCUCAUAACACAUGACUUACAAGACUUUCAAUUAGAUAAUGAUCUGAACAAUGAAUUAGAUUCUGGUGUCAUAUUCAGUACAUCCCUUCUCUUGUGGUGUAAUUUAGAUGACAAUUGUUUGAAAAAGUUUAGGAAUAAAUACCCGAAUCCAACGCAAAAGCAAAUAAUUACCUCAAAUGAUAACGAGUCAGCCCUCGAGUGGCCCACAGGAGUGGUGAAGGCAUUGAAGCCAAACAAUCGGUUUGAUGUCAACCGAUGGCAAUAUUUCAAUGAAUCUCAUUCUUUAAUGCCUAACGAUUUUGACAUCACUCUCGAGUUGAAUGCCAUUGAAAGCCGCGAAUUGUCGCAAAUAAAGUCAGCGGCCAUUGAAUGGCUUCAGAAUGAAUACGACAUCUCUAUAACAGACGGAAACCACCGAUUGAUUAAUAUUUACAGAAGAUUUGAUGCGAUCCGUGGCUUAGAAUAUGUGUUGGAUUUUCUCAUCAAAAGUCGGCAACAGAUUGAAAGCGCGUCCGCUUUCUUAACUCAAUACACAAAUGUAUGCCUCAAGAAAUUGAAUCACAGAACUGUACUUAUAAUGGUAUUAAUAAAUGAAUACCAAAACGACGAUUACAUCCAAAUCAAAGAAGAGGCGACACAACUGCAGAUCAAAUACAAGAAUUCUGGCGCAAAGAUCGCGUGGAUUCCUAUACAUAGUGCCAAAGAAAAUAGAGUUGUCACAGAAUUAGCUUUUUCGGACGCACUUCUUCUGCACUGUCGGCCAAAUAUGAUUCUAAGCGUGGAUUUUCUGAAUCGCGUCCGACUUAACACUAUUCAAGCAAAUCAAGUCUUCUUUCCGAUCCCUUUCGUUGAAUACCGGCUCAGAAGUCAAGUCAAACCGUUGAGGAAUUUUGAUGUCCGAAAAGACAACGGCUUUUUUGAGACAACAAAUUAUAAUCACUUCUCUUUCUAUUUGUCUGAUUAUAUAAAAGCUCGCAAAGAGUCACACGAAUUGCUUCCUAUUGUCAAAAACGUACAGUUCCUUCAAAAUAGUAUUUAUUAUGGCUCUCAUAUCGAUGUCUUCCAUCUAUUUGUUAAUUACAACAAACAAUUGGACAACAAAUCAAAUAAACGCUUAUUUAUAAUGCGAGCGAUUGAACCGGAAUUAAGACUAAAACACGAGAGCUUUACUUACGACUGUCUCUCAUAUGAGAGCAAUAGAUAUUCAAUAGAGAACUGCGAGAAGAGGAUAGCAUUGGGUUUGGGAAGUCGUCCACAAUUAGCAGCUCUUGUUAUCGACGACAACAAGAAAGAGGGACAAGAAGUCAGUGACGAUGAAAAUGCUAAUAAUGUGACAUCACAUGAGAACAUCCACUUUAUUGCCCACUCUUUUGCAACCGUGUCGGCCGGGAAGUACUCCAAUUCAUUGGCCACCUUUCAGUACAAAAUUGAAUGGUACGAAAGCGUCGAUCAGAUUCUUCUCGACGAUAUCACUCUUAUAAAGGCCUCCGUCUUCAUUGAAAGCUCCAGAAUUGAUCAACGGUUCCAAGUCUUUGAUUGUGAUGUCUGUGCGCUCUCUGCCCGACAAAUGGUAAUCAUAAGCAGUCUUUGUAAUACCGGUGCCGCCGGUGUUGCUGUUCAUCACAAAUACAUAGUUAUUAAUAAAUUAUUUCCUGUAAUCGACAAAAUCGACGAAUUGAUUGAAAUCAAUGAAUGGUUUGAUGGCAUCGAUCACUCCGGGCGUCAAUUUGUCCAUUUCGUCAAAGAUGAAGAGAGACCGCUCGCACUGCUUGACCAUUGCAGUCACGUUAUCUCUAAUCCAUUGUCUCAUCAAUUGUUUGUCAUUUGUGUUAAAUUUGGUGCAAAUAAUGUGUUUCACAAAAUCACUUCUUCCGGAUUCGCGAUACUUUCGGUAUAUGUUUUUGGCCACAAUUUCAGACACAAAGUUCUUCCCACCGCCGGUCCAGCCGUGAAGAGACAACACCAACGCCUUCGUCGGGUUCGCAUUCUUCAGGUGUUUGGGAAUCAAUUUAGUGAUGAUAUUCUUCGCCAAAUGCUGGCCAUGGAGUUGCGUAUUGAGACUGCGGUCGAGUUGUGUCAGCUCGUAGUCAAUCCAGGCCUCCCUCCGGAACCAUUUGCCGGCCGACGAGUCCUUCACGAGCCGUUUGUCUUCGCCGAAGGGAUGGCAACACUCGACUGUCGAGCACUUGAGGUAAUCCCACGUCCCAUAUAUGGCUCCCAAACCGAUCGCUCCCAACACUCCCACCAGUGA